AUGACUGCUGCCGCUACUGUUCGAAAAUCUACUACCUUUGCUGCCAUUCUGCCUCUAGCCAUUUUUUCUGCAUUCGUUGCUAGCUAUUGGUUUGCUUUCGGCGACGCCUGGAUCAUGCACCCGUGUGAUGUCCAUCAGCCGCACUGGCAGACUGUCGUCUCUGAGAAGAGGGCUGAGCUGGCAGCCAAAAUACCCCAGGAGUGGCUGCUUUCUCAAAGGGUGAUUGACCAUGCCAGGAGUAGACGCAGUAUUGCCGGGGACUUUUUGGACAGCCUGCUCGACUCACAUACCAGAGACAUUACCACACGAGAGCCUACCGAGAUUGUUCGCGAAAUAGCUUCUGGAAAUCUAUCAUCUGUGGAGGUUGUGACAGCAUUCUGCAAACGUGCUUCAUAUAUCCAUCAAACCAGCCCCGCGUUUCUCGAGAUUGGUUUUGACUUGGCUCUUUCGAGGGCGAAAGAGCUGGACGAAUAUUUCAACACCCAUGGCCAGACAGUUGGUCCGCUCCACGGCCUUCCGAUUACGCUCAAGGAUCAUUUCCAUAUCAAGGGGCUUGAAACCAGCUUUGGCUACGUUGGGUGGAUAGGAACUUUUGAAGGCAUCAAGGGCACCGGUAAGGAGAAGAAUGUUGAGAGUGAGCUGAUCCGCCAACUCGUCAGCGUGGGCGCUGUGCCCAUUGCCAAGACUACUCUAAUGGUCAGUACAUGGGCUCCCGAAAAUAAUAACAAUAUUCUCGGUUAUUUGUGGAACCCGUAUAACCAAGAGCUGUCAACUGGAGGCUCCUCUGGGGGCGAAGCUCUCCUCCAAGCGCUCAGAGGUAGUGCAGUCGGCUUCGGGACAGAUUCUGGAGGCUCCGUUUCGAUGCCAUCCUCUUACAAUGGCAUUUACAGUGUCAAACCCUCUCCAGGGCGGCUUUCUUUUAAAGAUGCGGCUGGUUCCGGUCUUGGAAAUCUGGCCAUAACCGCUGUUGUUGGCAUCAUGGGGCCUUCAAUCCGCACUCUUCGCCUUGUGUUUAAAUCUUUAAUGGAAACUCGGCCGUGGGAACAUGACUCUUCUGUUCUUCCAAUACCGUGGAGAAGUGAUCAAGAGUUAUCACCGGACGCCAAUCUCAGCUUUGGCUUCAUGGAAAGCGACGGGAUCGUCGCCCCUCACCCCCCCAUUGCUCGGGCGCUUGAAAUAGCAUACAGCGCUGUCAAGAACAAAGGCCACCAGCUCAUUGACUGGAAGCCCCCUUCUCAUGCUGCAAACGCCAUGCAUGGUCCCCUUGCACGUGGCGAUGGUUGUCCAGACGUGUAUAGCGCCUUCAAGUCUUCGGAUGAACCAAUAGUACCUCAGCUCUUGCAUCUCUUUCCAGAUGGAAACCUCAAAAAGCCCAUUUCUUUACCAGAUUAUCAGAAUAUCACCCAGGAAAUGAUGAGCUUUCGUAACCAAUACAGGGAAUACUGGACUUCGACAAGCCGGAUCACGAAGAAUGGCCGACCGGUGGAUGCGGUAAUUCUCCCCGUGUCACCAUAUGCAGGCUUCAAGCCUGGCAAGUUUGACUAUUCUACAUAUACUAGCAUCGUGAAUAUUCUUGGCUAUACCAGCGCCGUGGUCCAGGUGACCUUUGGAGACAAGAGCGUUGAUGUGGUGCAAGAAGACUACAAGCCACUUGGAGAAAGAGACAAACUCAACAUGGAUACUUAUGACGCGGAUGCAAGCGAUGGCGUUUCCGCUGCCAUACAAAUUCUUGGACGAGAUCUCGAAGAAGAGAAGAUUCUCUCCAUUGCUCAAAUCGUUGCCGACGCUAUAGAAGAGUAUCAAGCCAAGCAGACUUGA